AUGGGAUUUCUUGGCCACAUUGUUUCUGCAGAGGGAGUUUCUGUGGAUCCGGCUAAGAUUGAGGCUAUCAGAGAUUGGCCUAGACCUAGUAGUGCCACCGAGAUCAGGAGUUUUCUGGGUUUGGCAGGAUACUACAGGAGGUUCGUCAAGGGGUUUGCUACCAUGGCGCAGCCGAUGACGAAGUUGACCGGGAAGGAUGUCCCUUUUAUUUGGUCAGCUGAGUGUGAGGAGAGCUUUAGUCAGCUCAAGGAGAUGUUGACUACUACACCAGUGUUGGCGUUACCCGAGCCAGGGAAGCCUUACAUGGUGUAUACAGAUGCUUCAGGCAUUGGUCUUGGUUGUGUGCUGAUGCAGGAGGGCAGAGUGAUAGCAUAUGCUUCGAGACAGUGGCAGGGCAGUGAGCGUAACCGUCCUACACAUGACUUAGAGUUGGGAGCAGUGAUCUUCGCGUUGAAGAUUUGGAGGUCUUACUUGCUAGGUGAGACAGUACAGGUCUUCACGGAUCACAAGAGUUUGCAGCAUAUCUUCACUCAGCCGAUGAUGAACGCGAGACAGACGCGCUGGGUUGAGUUCUUGGCGGAUUAUCAGGUGAGCAUUAACUACCAUCCGGGCAAGGCUAACCUAGUGGCGGACGCGUUGAGUAGACGGAGGUAUGAUUCCGCAGUUGAGCGAGAUGUGGAGUCUCUAGUUGGCGAGAUCAGUACCUUGCGUUUGUGUGCCAUUUCGCAUGAGCCUUUGGGUUUAGAGGCGGUGGAUCAGGCGGAUCUACUUAGCAGGAUCAGAGUUGCUCAGCAGAGUGAUCAGAGUUUGCUAGAUGCGACGAGAGUGACUGGUUCUGAGUAUGAGGUCUCUGCGAAUGGGACUAUCUUGGUUCGUGGGCGAGUUUGUGUGCCUAAGGAUGUGGAGUUGAGACAUCAGAUUUUGGGAGAGGCUCACGCGAGCAAGUUUUCCAUUCAUCCGGGAGCGACCAAGAUGUACCAUGACCUCAAGAGGUACUAUCAUUGGGUCGGGAUGAAGAGGGAUGUAGCAGAUUGGGUUGCGAAGUGCAACACUUGUGCCUUGGUGAAGGCAGAGCAUCAGGUUCCGGGUGGUCUUUUGCAGAGUUUACCCAUUCCAGAGUGGAAGUGGGACAGGAUUACGAUGGAUUUCGUGGUUGGACUACCUGUUUCGAGGACUUUCGAUGCUAUCUGGGUGAUUGUGGAUCGGUUGACUAAGUCCGCACAUUUCUUGGCCAUCAAGAAGACAGAUGGAGCUGCUGUCUUGGCUAGGAAGUUUGUGCGAGAGAUUGUGAGGCUGCAUGGAGUGCCAGCUAGUAUUGUGUCAGACCGUGAUCCCAGAUUCACUUCAGAGUUUUGGAGGGCGUUUCAGGCAGAGAUGGGCACUAAGGUGCAUCUGAGUACAGCUUAUCAUCCGCAGACAGAUGGUCAGUCAGAGAGGACUAUUCAGACUUUGGAGGAUUUGCUGAGGAUGUGUGUGUUGGAUUGGGGUGGCCAUUGGGCAGAUCACCUGAGCUUAGUUGAGUUUGCAUACAACAACAGCUUUCAGGCGAGUAUUGGCAUGGCUCCAUUUGAGGCUUUGUAUGGGAGGCCAUGUAGGACACCCCUAUGCUGGACCCAAGUGGGGGAGCGCAGCAUGUAUGGAGCUACUUAUGUUCAGGAGACGACAGAGAAGGUUCGUGUUGUGAGGCUGAACAUGAAGGAGGCUCAGGAUAGGCAGAAGAGUUAUGCAGAUAGACGCAGACGAGAGCUUGAGUUUCAGGUGGGAGAUAGAGUUUAUCUCAAGAUGGCUAUGUUGAGGGGUCCUAACAGAUCCAUAGCAGAGAACAAGCUGAGUCCGCGUUUUAUGGGUCCGUUUCCAGUAGUGGAGCGAGUUGGGCCAUUGGCUUACAGGCUGGAGUUGCCUGAGAUUAUGAAAGCCUUUCACAAGGUUUUUCAUGUGUCGAUGCUGAGGAAGUGUCUUCACCCUACAGAGGAGUUAGUGGCUAGGAUUCCAGAGGAUCUUCAGCCAGAUUUGACAGUGCCGGCAGUGCCUGUGAGGAUUUUAGAGAGGAGGGAAAAGGUUCUGAGGAACAAGAGGAUUCCCUUACUGAGGAUUUUGUGGGAUUGCAGUGGUUCUACAGAGGAGACUUGGGAGCCAGAGGCAAAGAUGAAGUUGAAGUUCAGGAAGUGGUUCGACAAGCAGGUCGAGGAGUGA